GAUUAUUGGCGCAGUUUCAUGGUUAGUUACAGUGAAGUGAUGUGUGAGGAGAGGCGGGCUCUAGGACCUGAGUGAAACCCGCCACAGAGAGAGUGUGUGUGUGUGUGUUCACUGCGCACGGCUUCAUCCUCAUCAUCACCAUCACAGCCGACAGCACAUCACACACUCGGAGCGGGUCGCCAAGCGCUCAGAGCCGCUCAUGAUGCGCAGGAUUCGGGCCAACGCCAUCCUCAUCCUCACCGUGGCCUGGAUCCUCGGCACCUUCUAUUACCUGUGGCAGGACAGCAAACCUUCCUCUUCCUCCUCGUCGUCGGGCUCCCAGCUGAAGAACCACGGGCAGAAAGGGAGGCUGGAGGAGCGCACUCUUCCUCUGAUCGUAACUCAUGCACCAAAGCUGGAGCAGCAGGGUCAGCUCUUGGGCCAGUUUGAUGAAAAGGCUUUUCUAUCCAGUAAGCAGCUGAAGGCAGGUGAGGAUCCGUACAGAGAACAUGCGUUCAACCUGCAGGAGAGCGACCGACUGGGCAGCGAACGCGCCAUCAGAGACACACGCCACUAUCGAUGUGCCUCCAUGACCUUUGACCCUGACCUGCCGCCCACCAGCAUCAUCAUCACUUUUCACAAUGAGGCGCGCUCCACCCUGCUGCGCACUAUUAAAAGUGUACUGAUGAGAAGCCCACCUCACUUGAUACAGGAAAUUAUUCUUGUGGAUGACUUUAGCUCCAACCCUGAAGACUGUCGACUGCUCUCUCAGAUCCCGAAGGUGCGCUGCCUGAGAAACGAGCGCCGGGAAGGUCUGAUCCGGUCUCGUGUCAGAGGGGCGUCUGCGGCUUCGGCCUCCAUCCUCACCUUCCUGGACAGUCACUGUGAGGUCAACACAGACUGGCUGCAGCCCAUGAUCCAGAGAGUCAAAGAGGAUCACACGCGUGCGGUCAGUCCCAUCAUUGAUGUGAUCAGUCUGGAUAAUUUUGCCUACCUGGCCGCUUCUGCAGACCUGAGAGGAGGUUUCGACUGGAGUUUACACUUCAAAUGGGAGCAGAUUCCUAUAGAACAGAAAAUGGCUAGGAAUGACCCAACACAACCGAUCAG